GUCCUCCAGACCAGCAAAGCCCUGAGGCCAGGAAUCAAAGGCAAUGGAAGGAGGGAACUCAACACCUCUGAGCAACCUGGUGGACAUCUCAGACCCAUCUGCACCUUACUUGCUGGUGUAGGAAACCUGAAAUGAGUUAUCCAGACUGACCGCGGGGCAGCUGGGGAGCAUGUCGACUCCGGCCCGGAGGAGGCUCAUGCGGGAUUUCAAGCGAUUGCAAGAGGACCCACCUGUGGGUGUCAGUGGCGCACCAUCUGAAAACAACAUUAUGCAGUGGAAUGCAGUUAUAUUUGGACCAGAAGGGACACCCUUUGAAGAUGGUACUUUUAAACUAGUAAUAGAAUUUUCUGAAGAGUAUCCAAAUAAACCACCAACUGUUAGGUUUUUAUCCAAAAUGUUUCAUCCAAAUGUGUAUGCUGAUGGUAGCAUAUGUUUAGAUAUCCUUCAGAAUCGAUGGAGUCCAACAUAUGAUGUAUCUUCUAUCUUAACAUCAAUUCAGUCUCUGCUGGAUGAACCGAAUCCAAACAGUCCAGCCAAUAGCCAGGCAGCACAGCUUUAUCAGGAAAACAAACGAGAAUAUGAGAAAAGAGUUUCGGCCAUUGUUGAACAAAGCUGGAAUGAUUCAUAAUAGACAACUGGUCUGUUAAUUUUUUUCAUCAUUGUUGUGUAUAAUUUACCUCUCAGUAGAAAGGCUAACAAAUUUUAAGUGCCACAGGUUUUAAGGAUUCUGCAGAAAAAAAAAGUCCUUCAGUUUAGAACCUACAAAAGCUUGUGUAUCUUGAUUAAUGUACUUUUUAUUGCAUGGUGUGAACUAAGUUAUUGCUUACAUAAAUUUGUAAUAUAUCCUGUUUGUAUUUUUUUCCAAGUGUAUAAUGUUGGUGUGGAGUUUUCAUGACAGAAUAAUACACAUUUUGUAAAUCUGUACUUUUUUCAAAUAUUGAAUGCCUUAUUUUUGAAUUCUUUAGAUUUUUAAAUUGGAGAAAAGCACUUAAAGUUUUUUAUAUAUGAAUAUUACAUGUAAAGCUGUUAAAAUACAUAACUUCAGUGCAAGAGACUUUGUCACUUAUUUCCUUAUCUGUUUAGGAGGGGUUAAUAAGUCUCUAGCUCUCCAUCAAUUGAUAGUAGUUUCAUUUCCAAUUUCAAAAGAACAGAUUUAUAUUUUAUCAAGAAAUUCUUCAAAUUUGAUUCUAACCACCAAUUAUAAUUUUCAAACUUUAUUUUGAAUGUUUGAAUGAAACUAUAUCCAUUUCACUUGAGCAAUUAUAGACAUAACUGGUUUGAUUCUGUCCAACUCUGUAUUUAGGCCACUUGUUACUGUUUCUUCAUGCACUACUUACUGUUAAACUGUACCUUUUGCAAUUUCACAGUUUGUACCUCUGCCAUGAGGAAUUGGCACCUCUACGGGAAUAGAGAGCUAAUGCAACUUACUUUGCUGCUUGAUAGCACUUUAAAAGAUUUUUGAUAAUGAAGAAAGUAAAACAGUAAACAUUUAUUAAAAUUCACGCCCCACUAUUAACACUGAGUAAGAAUUGGUUGCAUUGGUUUAGUAAGGCAGAUACUUGGAAGGAUUCUUGGUGUAACUUAAAAUAUUUGAAAACUGCCUUUUAAUGCAAUUGCAUAUGUUUAUUCUGGAAAAAUGUUUUAAUAUCAGGGCCUGCUGAGUUGCUUUCUCUUGUGGAGAUUUUUUUUUUUUUUAAUCUCCUAAGUUGUAUAAAAGUUGUACUGCAUCUUAGUUUACUGGAUAAAUUUAAAACACAGUAUUGUAGAAAGCUUAUACAAAGCUAUCCUAUGCCUUCAAAUAGUACAGAAAAUGGAAAAUAUACAAGUAAAUUCUGUUGAACCACCUGUGUAGUCUUUCUAGUAGUUAAAAACAGCUAUUUGAGUAA